AUAUUUUGUUUUGAGCAACGGCGGAUCAUACGGAAUAUUUCCGACGACACUAUAUAGUAUAUAUAUAUAAACAAUAUAUAUAUAUAUAUAUAUAUAUUUCACAUAUAGACAGGAUCGAGAAAAAAGAUCAAAAUGUGCAACGCUCUGUGUGAAUGCCUCAAAUGCCCAGGCAAAGUUAUUUGCUGUUGUUGCGAAUGCGCAUGCAAAAUGGUCUUGAGCAUUAUAUGCUCCUUCAUAGUGGUGUUGGUCAUUAUUGGAUUAAUUGUUUACUUCACCGUCUUCUACAACAAAGACAGCAACAACGAUUCGCAGAAAGCAAUAGAGAAAAUGAUGCCGAUUGUUAAGAGAAGCAUUCGCGAUUACUUUAACAAGGAAUAUUGAAUAUUGCAUAACGCUCAAAGAAUUUAUAAAAUAAGUUAAAUAGCUAAUAAAAAAAAUAUAUAUUUAUAUA